AUGGCAGAAGGUAAGGUUGAGAUUGUGUCCAAUCUUUUCUCAUAUUGCCUGAGAAAUAUGGCAGAAGGUAAGGUUGAGAUUGUGUCCAAAGUCACCAUAAAGCCAAUAUCACCAACUCCAAAUCACCUUAAACACUUCCAAAUUUCUCUCCUUGAUGAGAUCGCUCCUCCUCCUUCUGUUUAUGUUCCUGUUGUUCUCUUCUAUUCUGCUUCUAAUAAUGAUUUUCCCAAAAUCUCUCGAAAGUUGAAGAGUUCGCUAUCUCAAAUUCUCACUAUCUACUAUCCAUUCUGUGGAAAAAUCAAAGGAAGCAAAAGGAAUUAUAAUGUUGAUUGUAAUGAUGAGGGUGUCCUUUACCUUGAAGCUAGAGCACCCUCAAAGCUGUCAGAUUUUCUCAACAAUAAUACCAACCAACAACUCAAUGAGAUUAAAGGGUUUCUUCCAUUAGAUCCCUAUAAGCCUAAACUAGACGACGACGAUGAAGAUCGUCUAAUAAUGGCUGUUCAGGUUACUGAGUUAGGCUAUGGAGGCAUGGCAAUUGGUGUGUGCAUCUCACAUAAGGUUUGUGAUGGGACAACAGUAGCUACAUUCCCCCAACUACUUCUAUGUCUUCAUGUGAAAAAUCAUCCGCACAACAUUUGA